AUGACCCCAUCACAAAUACCGAACCACCGUCCGGACUCCCAAACCCCAAGCGCAUACCAAACCCCCCUGGCCCCAGCCCACCGCCCUGACCGGCACCACCGUCCGUCGAAGAAGGCUGGCUUCCCGAGAUUGUUAAGGACAAAUCGUAAGAACCCAUCCCUCGUCCUUCACGGAACCCCAGCUAACAGCCCUAGGACUCUCGACCUUCAAUCCAUCCUCGAAAAACCCUCCCUAAUCUCCGCCCUAGCGAGCCAGCACCCUUCCCACACCGCCCGUCAGGAGAACCUCGAAUCCCUUUUGCAGCUGAAUAAAGACCUUGCAACCCGGCUCCUGGAAAUGCAAUCCCGCGUCGAAGACCUACGCGCCUCGACGGAGUCCCUCCUGCUGACGCACCAAUCACUUGAGGUAUCGUGGCGCAAGAAGCAGACAGAGAUGGAUUCCGCGCUGGCGCCGUGGUCGCCGAAAGCGCUGUACCAGCGGCUUAGCGCAGCGAUUGCCGAGCAGGAGGCUGUUUGUCAUGCUGUGGAGGAGAGUUUUCUGGACGAGGAUCACCACGGCCGGGCAACGGAGAAGGAGACCUCAGAUUGGGUCAGGAGAGUGAGGGCUGAGGCGGCGAAGUUGGCGGCGAGGAAGGAGGCGAAGGCUAGGUGGGACGAGGGGAGGGUUGGGGGGUGGCGGUGA